AUGCCGUUAUCAUCUGAUGUGUUGGAUCUUACUGACGAAGAAGUAUAUGACUAUUAUCAUAAUUUUGUUGACCAACUACACCGAGGAUUUACUUUAGUGAAGGAUGCCACAUUGGAGAAUCGGCUCAGACAGAAGAAGUAUUAUGAUAAUCAGCGAGUGGAUCCGCCGGAAGUUCAAGUUGGUAGUUGGCUUUUUGUUCGUAGCUAUAAUAAUCCAAGAUUGGGCUAUAGAUGGUCUCUUCCAUUAAAGGUCUCUAAGUUGGUUGGUGAUCAUUCGGUUUAUUUGGUUGACCCUAAAGAUGAUGCUAAGAGACCUAUUGGCCCGUAUAAUUUGGACCAUUGUUUACCUGCUGAUGAUUUCAAGUUAAUUUAUGAAACAGCAUCUUCUCAAUCUAACCAAGAGACUGGUCGCCUACAGGAGGGUGGUGAAGAUGACGACAAUAAUGAUGAGGUCUCUACGGCUGAUGCUCCUGCCUCUGUUAGUGAUGAUCAUUGUGGUGAAGAUCAUCACAUAGACAUUGAGCGUUAUAUUCAUCAGCUUUUAUUGAAUCAUAAGGGACCAAUGAGUACUGAUGUUGUACGUUCUUACCUUCUUCAGCGGUUUGGCCCAACUAGAGAUAUUUUCCGUAAAGUGGGUGGAUUCCGUGCAUUUGUAGAGCGAUCUGCAAAUAUUGGUUUUGAUUCUUAUGGUUCUUUGCAAACGAAGACUCUUAUGUUCCAUAUUCCGUUUGCGGGCGGGAAGAUGUGA